UUCGUCUUCCUGCGCUGGGGGAUGGAGUUCCGAGAGGUUGCACCGUCACCCGCCACCCCCGGGUCUGGCGACUCCGAGAGGCGCCGAUCUGCGCGGCCAAGGGUUCGCCGAGUUCCUCGUUUCCGAUGAGGAAGUGGCUUUGCACUUGUCAGCCUUCUCACCCGAGUCCUCUUCUGCUCUGCAAGUGUCAGUACUCCCACUGAGGGCCAGGGUUUCCGGCACAUAGCGUUCAGACCCCCAUGGCCGGGUCAGCUUUACAAAGGCCUCCCGUAGGGACAACAGAAGGCUACUCAGCUCAUUAAACUCGGUUCUGUACCCAGCGUUGCAACUUUGUUCAAUUUGUCUCCUUCUUCAAUUAUUGAAAGGGCGGUGGAACAUCUGCCUCCUCCAGGUUUCUACCAGUCUUUGAGUCAGGAGCGUGGGUCUCGAUUCUGCAGUUAAACUGACUUUCAUCUCUGGAUAAAUAAAGAAUGCCUACUGAUACUGUCCUUAAAUUUGGAGGCAUCUUACUUAUUGUCAUUCUGAUUGGUAUGUUAACUUGCCACAGUCAUUUCCAUUUGGAGUCUCUGAAAACCUCUGGAUCAAUCAAUGUGGACAAACUUAAGCGAGACAUAUUGUGGCAAUCUCCAAAUUCUAAAAAUGGCAUCAAAACCUCAUUCAGUGAAGGUGAUCACAGUGCCUCACAAUGUGAUAUUGAUCCAAAUAGUAGGUUGGAUUGUGCCUUUAAUGAACUGAUGGACAUGACAACAUGUCAGGCCCGUGGCUGCUGCUGGAUUCCAGUGGUCAAUGUGACUGCCCCUUACUGUUUCUUGCCAUUAAAUUAUCCUUCAUACAAUAUGGACUUUCUUUCUCCAACUAAGACUGGCUAUUCAGGUAUUCUCAGCCGCACUGAGAGAACAUUGUUCCCAAAUGAUAUAAGGACACUUCAGUUGAAUGUUAUGUAUGAGACAUCAGGCAGACUUCAUUUUACACUUAAGGACCUUGACAGAAAGAGGUAUGAAGUUCCCAUUGAUGUGCCUGUUGUCACUGAAAAAGCAACAACUCAGCUCUAUACUAUUAAGUUCUCCUCCAGACCUUUUGGCAUUAUUGUACAGCGGAAAUCAAAUGGCCGUGUACUGCUGAAUACGACAGUGGGGCCAUUAAUUUUUGCUGACCAGUUUCUGCAGAUCUCCACCUCGCUGGCCUCACGACAUAUUUCAGGGCUGGGUGAGCACUUGACAAAUCUAAUCCUGAAUGUCGAUUGGAAUCAAUUAACUCUCUGGAAUCGGGAUCAAAUACCUCGUCCUAAUGCCAACUUAUAUGGCUCACACCCUUUUUAUUUGGUAAUGGAAGAGGAUGGAUCAGCUCAUGGAGUUUUCCUUUUAAACAGUAAUGCACAAGAUGUUUUACUUCAGCCAUCUCCUGCUCUAACCUGGAGGGCCAUUGGAGGAAUUUUUGAUUUUUAUGUGUUCUUGGGUCCAAAUCCAAAAACAGUGAUCAGACAAUAUAUGGAUGUUAUAGGUUACCCAAUAAUGCCUCCGUACUGGAGUCUGGGAUUCCAUCUGUGUCGAUUUGGUUAUAAGAGCACGAAUGUCACUCGACAGGUUGUGGAGAAUAUGACCAGAGCCAACAUGCCUCAGGAUGUACAGUGGAAUGAUAUAGACUACAUGGAUUGGAGGAAAGACUUCACUUAUAACUUGGUGUACUAUGGUGACUAUCCGGAGAUGGUGGAUGAAUUUCACAAAAAAGGCUUAAAAUAUGUCAUGAUUGUGGAUCCAGCAAUCAGUUCACAGGGAGCAGGGGAAUACAAGCCAUUUGAUGAUGGCGUAAAGAGAGGUGUCUUUAUAAAAAAUGAAACUGAUGAACUAUUAAUAGGCAAGGUUUGGCCUGGUUUCACUACCUUCCCAGAUUUUACAAAUCCAGAGACUGGGGCCUGGUGGUAUGACAACAUAAAGGAGUUUCAUGAUCAGGUGGCUUUUGAUGGAUUAUGGAUUGAUAUGAAUGAGCCAUCCAACUUUGUUACUGGAGCAAUAAAUGGCUGUCCAGACAGCAAUUUAGAAAACCCUCCUUAUGUACCAGGUGUAACUGGGGGAUAUCUGAGGUCCCGCACGGUGUGUAUGACUGGAAAACAAUAUCUGUCAUCCCAUUAUAACCUGCACAACUUGUAUGGAUUAACUGAGGCCAUUGCUACUCAUAAUGCAUUGAUCAAGGUGAUUGGAAAGCGUCCUUUUGUGAUUUCAAGGUCCACAUUCCCCAGUCAUGGUCACUAUGCUGGACAUUGGACUGGGGAUAUCAGAAGCAACUGGAGUGACAUGUAUUACACCAUCCCAGCUGUACUGCUGUUUAAUAUGUAUGGAAUUCCUCUUGUGGGAGCGGAUAUCUGUGGUUUCGGUGGAGCCACCACUGAAGAACUCUGUGUGCGCUGGACACAACUUGGAUCAUUCUACCCAUUCAUGCGGAAUCACAAUGCCUGGAAAGAGCCGUCUCAGGAACCAUACGUCUUCAGUGAGUCAGCUCAGUCAGCAAUGCGGAAAGCUCUCUUCACCAGAUACAUGCUGCUCCCUUUUCUUUACACACUUUUCCACAAGGCACACACUGCCGGAGAGAUGGUUGUUCGGCCACUGUCAUUUGAGUUCUCUCAAGAUCCAAAUACCUGGAGCAUUGAUCGUCAGUUUAUAUUGGGGGACGCCCUUCUCAUCAGUCCAGUAUUAGAGCCUGAAACAGUGGAAGUGUCUGCCUAUUUUCCCUCUGCUACAUGGUAUAAUCUGUACAAUGGUUCUGCUAUUCAUAGCAAAGGCCAGUACAUUAUACUAGAGGCACCCUUGGAUACCAUCAAUGUCUAUGUGCGAGAAGGCUGCAUUUUGCCACUACAAGAGCCCAGUAGAACAACUGCUGUCUCUCGUACAAACCCAUUUCAUCUGAUGGUGGCACUGUCUGAUCAAGGAGUUACAAGAGGAGAACUCUUCUGGGAUGAUGGUGACAGUCUACUGACUUAUGAAAAAGGAGACUAUACUAAAAUUAUCUUCCUUGCUAAAAAUAAUAUGCUGCUCAGUGAGAUAGUCCAUUUGAACAGCCAAGUGGAUGACCUACGUUUACAUGAAGUUACUAUUUUUGGAGUUUCUAAUCCCCCACAGUUAGUUACUGUUAAUGGGGUCUCAAUCUCAGACUUCUCCUACAGGUUGGACACAAAGGUGCUGACUUUGCAGAAUCUCUCUAUCCUCAUGGAAGAGGAGUUCACAAUUUCUUGGCUAUAAACAAAGUGGAGUUGCUUGUGAAAAGAAGGCGGCUACUGCAACAAAGUCAGAAAGGGCUAAAAAAAUGAUAAUUAGAGAAAAAAAUACUGUUGCUGGAAAUCUGAAAGAAAAACAGAGAGUACAGUAAACGUGCGGAAUGUCAGACGGGAUCACCAGGAAAAGAAUCUGAGUUAAUGUUUCAGGUAGAAAUGUCAGAGGAGGUGCCUCUGAAUGAAAUGUUUUAUUAAUUUCUCGUCCCAAAGAUGCUGCCUGACCUGCAAAGCAUCUCCUGCAUUUUGUUUCUUGUUAAAAGAAGCGAUAUUUUCCACUGACUUGCAAUCAAUAGAGGGAGAGUAGCCCAUGCCCUCCAAAUGAAAACUAAUGUUUUAAAUUUUGCAUGAUUGAUUUAAUGGUCCAUUUUUACAGUGUAUAUAUUGCAUAAUGCAAAGGAUUUUUGAUUGAAACUGCCAAAGUUACUUAACUGCAAACUUGAAUGAAAGCAAAAUAAAAGCAACAUGAAUGUA